GCGAGGGUGUGUGUUGGGGGGGAUCCAGAUCUGAAGGACUGGAGUGUGAGGACAUAUCUCUAAGGCAUGAUGGGGAGCUCCAGAUCUGAAGGGUUGGGAAUCUUGGCUCUAAGGAGUUGGGGUCCUGUCUUUAGAGCAUGAGGUGGUUCUCUAGAAAUUGACUUGGACGGGUUGGACUCAAUGGCUCACACCUGUAAUCCCAGCACUUUGGGAAGCUGAGGUGGACGGAUCACCCAAUUCGAGAUCAGCAUGGCCAACAUGGGAAACUGUCUCUCCUAAAAAUACAGAAGUUAGCUGAGCGUGGUGGCACGGCCUGUAGUCCCAGCUGCUUGGGAGGCUGAGGCAGAAGAAUUGCUUGAACCCGGGAGGUGGAGAUUGCAGUGAGCCAAGAUCACAUAGCUGCACUCUAGCCUGGGCGACCUGAACAACAGAGCCAAAAAAGAAAAAAAGGAAAAAAGAAAAGAAAAGAAAUUGACUUGGACAGAGCUUCUUUGGGAGAAAGGGAUCAGCGUGGCGUGGGAAAAAGAGAAGCUCUUUGGAACAGGGUGGGGAUGACUGCCUUAGGACUACCCUGUUUCCUGAAGUCAGUUUGGCAAGAAGCCUUUUGUCUUUUAAGCACCACAGGUCCCCCUAAACUUGCCUGUAACUAAGGACUGUCCCCAGGCUGGGAUAGCUAUGCACUAACCAACCCCUGAGCAUUCUUUGGGAAAGAACAGUCACAUCCCUAAUCCUUACCCUCAUUCCAGCAGUCUUAAGAUGGGACAUGUGUAAGAAGGGGGUGUGAACUCUUGAUCCAGGACCCUCUUGUCACACCCCAUCUUUAACAAGAAAAGAGGAACUGAGACCAGAACUGGGGCUUACCUUCGAGAAGAGGAGUCUAGCAUGUCUCAUGAAUCAGCAGAGGACCUAUUUCACUUUAACGUAGGGGGCUGGCAUUUCUCAGUUCCCAGAAGCAAACUCUCUCAGUUUCCAGACUCCCUACUGUGGAAAGAGGCUUCAGCCUUGACCUCUUCAGAAAGCCAGAGGCUAUUUAUCGACAGAGAUGGUUCCACAUUUAGGCACGUGCAUUAUUACCUCUACACCUCCAAACUCUCCUUCUCCAGUUGUGCAGAACUGAACUUGCUGUAUGAGCAAGCAUUGGGUUUGCAGCUGAUGCCUUUGCUGCAGACUCUAGAUAACCUGAAGGAAGGGAAACACCAUCUACGCGUGCGGCCUGCAGACAUACCUGUUGCAGAGAGAGCAUCUCUGAACUACUGGCGAACAUGGAAGUGUAUUAGCAAACCCUCAGAAUUUCCAAUCAAAAGCCCAGCCUUCACAGGCCUACAUGAUAAGGCGCCUCUGGGGCUCAUGGACACACCCCUGUUAGACACAGAAGAGGAGGUGCACUACUGCUUCCUGCCACUAGACCUGGUGGCCAAGUAUCCCAGCCUAGUGACUGAAGACAACCUGCUGUGGCUGGCUGAGACGGUGGCCCUCAUCGAGUGCGAGUGCAGCGAGUUCCGCUUCAUCGUGAAUUUUCUUCGCUCACAGAAGAUGUUACUACCGGAUAAUUUCUCUAACAUUGAUGUAUUAGAAGCAGAAGUGGAAAUUCUGGAAAUCCCUGCACUCAUGGAAGCUGUAAGGUUGUACCGGAUGAACAUGGGUGGCUGUUCCCGGACCACCUGUCCUCCCCUGAGCCCUGGGAAGGGGGCCCACACAGCCAGCUUGGAGUCCAUGAAGCCACUCUACACAAUGGCCCUGGGUCUGCUAGUCAAGUAUCCAGACUCUGCGCUGGGCCAGCUCCGCAUCGAGAGCACACUGGAUGGAAGCCGGCUGUACAUCACAGGAAACGGUGUCCUCUUUCAGCACGUCAAGAAUUGGCUGGGGACUUGCCGGCUGCCCCUGACAGAGACCAUUUCUGAGGUGUACGAGCUUUGUGCCUUCCUGGACAAGAGGGACAUCACCUAUGAGCCAAUGAAAGUGGCUUUGAAAACUUAUCUGGAGCCGAGGACUUUGGCACCCAUGGAUGUGCUCAAUGAGUGGACAGCAGAGAUCACUGUAUAUUCCCCAAAACAGAUCAUCAAAGUAUAUGUUGGAAGCCACUGGUUCGCAACCACCCUGCAGACACUGCUGAAGUAUCCAGAACUGCUGUCCAACCCUCAGAGGGUAUACUGGAUCACAUAUGGACAAACCCUGCUCAUCCACGGGGACGGCCAGAUGUUCCGACACAUUCUCAACUUCCUGAGACUUGGCAAAUUAUUUUUACCAUCUGAAUUUAAGGAAUGGUCCCUCUUCUGCCAGGAAGUGGAGGAAUACCACAUUCCAUCCCUCUCAGAAGCCCUUGCACAAUGUGAAGCAUACAAGUCAUGGACUCAGGAGAAAGAAUCUGAAAAUGAAGAAGCUUUACCCAUCAGGAGGCUGCACGUGGUGACAGAAGGGCCAGGGUCACUGAUGGAGUUCAGUAGAGACACUAAAGAAACCACAGCCUACAUGCCUGUGGACUUCCAAGACUGCAGUGAUAGGACUCCAUGGAACAAGGCUAAGGGAAACCUGGCCAGGUCCAACCAGAUGGAGGAGGCUGAGCAGUACACCCGGCCCAUCCAGGUGUCCCUAUGCCGGAAUGCCAAGAGGGCAGGCAACCCCAGCACAUACUCACACUGUCCUGGCUUGUAUACCAAUCCCGGACACUGGGGGAGACACCCUGAGAGCCCCACCAAGAAGAAAUGCACCACAAUCAACCUCACACAGAAAUCUGAAACCAAAGACCCUCCCGCUACUCCCAUGCAAAAACUCAUCUCCCUGGUGAGAGAAUGGGACAUGGUCAAUUGCAAACAGUGGGAAUUCCAGCCACUGAAAGCCUCCCGGAGCAGCCCCUUGGAGGAGGCCACCCUGCAGCUCCCCUUGGGAAGCAAGGCUACUUCCCAGCCCAGCACCUCAGCUGCCUGGAAAGCCCAUUCCACAGCCUCAGAGAGGGAUCCAGGACCACAGGCAGGGGCUGGAGCUGGAACGAAAGACAAGAGGCCAGAGCCAACCUUUAAGCCAUACUUCCCCCCAAAAAGAGCUGGUACCCUGAGGGACUGGAGCAAGCAGAGGCCCAAGGAGAGAGAAAGCCCUGCCCCUGAGCAUCCUCUGACUGAUGCCAGUGUGAUAGAGAGCCCAGGGGUCAUCCUCAAAGUGACUCACCCCCCAGUGGUGGGCAGCGAUGGCUUCUGCAUGUUCUUUGAGGACAGCAUCAUCUACACCACACAGAUGGACAACCUCAGGCACACACCACCCACAGCCAGCCCCCAGCCCCAAGAAGUGACUUUCCUGAGUUUCUCUCUGUCCUGGGAAGAGAUGUUUUAUGCGCAGAAAUGUCACUGUUUCCUGGCGGACAUCAUCCUGGAUUCCAUCAGGCAAAAGGACCCCAGAGCCAUCACAGCCAAGGUGGUCUCCCUGGCGAACCGGCUGUGGACCCUGCACAUUAGCCCCAAGCAGUUUGUGGUGGAUUUGCUGGCCAUCACUGGCUUCAAGGACGACCGGCACACCCAGGAGCGUCUGUACAGCUGGGUGGAGCUUACACUGCCCUUCGCCAGGAAAUACGGCCGCUGCAUGGACCUGCUCAUCCAGAGGGGCCUGUCUAGGUCUGUGUCGUACUCCAUCCUGGGAAAGUACCUACAAAAGGACUAGGGUGCCCAGAGAUGCAGGCCCUCAUGCCCCACCCACCAAGACUCAUUUUAACUGGACAUUGCCCCAGAAUGCAUGUGC